UUUGACAUUUAUGUUUAUGUAAAACUCGUUGCAGUGUUACAUUUAUUGUUUUACUUUAAUUUUCUUAUCCUACAAAAUGUUUAUUAAAAAGUGGAUUUAAAUAAAAUAUUUUUGAAGUGAUCUCACGGCAUGGGGCAGAUAAUAUAACCUGCAAAUUCUGUUUCGGGUGUUGCUCUUGAUUGUUUAAAACAAUGAUAUAAAAGUUAAAGUUCUGGUCAUAUUCGAAAUUAUACUUGAUAAAUGGAAGAAAGAAGAUACGAAUACAACAGUUUGAAAAUGGAGACGUCUAUAUUUAAGCAAAUAUUGAUAGUAGGAUGCAUUAACAUAGGUCAAAUUAUCGUAGGCUACAGUGUGGGUUGGUCAGCCCCAAUUAUACCAAAACUCCAGAAUGCCACCACUAGCCCUUUGUCAGAACCCAUCACAGACGUACAAGCAUCAUGGGUCGGAUCUUUGCUUUAUAUUGGAGCUAUGAUUGGUCCACACAUUACCGGGAUCCUGUCAAACAUGAUAGGCAGAAAGCCAUGUCUCCUCAUCGGUGGGAGUCUUAAUAUCCUCGCCUACGUGUUGGUCAUCAUCACCACCAACAUCAAUAUGGUAUACGUCCUAAGGAUCAUCAGUGGACUUGGCAUGGGGAUCACGAUAGUCAGCAAUAUAGUUUACUUAGGAGAAAUUGCGUCAACUCACAUUCGUGGAAUUCUAUUGACGUCUACCUCAAUUGUCGGCAUUACGGGAACUCUCGUGGUAUACGCAGUGGUCCCGUAUGUAUCUUACGUAGCUACUGGCUACAUAGCCCUGGUGAUCAGUAUUAUACAUGUAAUUGGAGUAUUCUUCAUACCCGAGUCUCCAGUAUACCAUGCUAUGAAAGAGAACGACAUAAAGGCAGGUAAAAUCCUUAAUCUACUAGGCCGAGGAUCUGAUAUAGAUAAAGUCUUCGAAACAUCUGCAGUCAAUAACAACAAAAUAAAAGACUGGACAGAGAUAUUCACGAUCAAAUCUAACAGAAAGUCUCUGAUAAUAACAUUCACUAUAGGAGCAUUACAACAGACGAGCGGCGUAGCAGUAGUACUAUUCUUUGCUACAACUAUAUUCAAAUUGGCUGGUUCUUCGAUCAGACCUGAUAUAGCAACUAUUAUAAUUGGAGUUACGAGGUUGGUGUCAAGUCUCAUAGCGCCGGUGUUUGUGGAGAGAGCUGGCAGGAAGUUCCUGUUACUGAUCUCUACAAUGGCGUGUGCUGUUAGUUUGAGUAUACUCGGCGCGUAUUUUUAUUUGGAUGCAAUACAUAGCCCAGCUAUUGAUGUCCUUGGCUGGCUGCCUCUAGUUGCUUUAAUAGUCUAUUUCUUUUCUUACGAAGCAGGUUUCGGAACAAUCCCAAAUGCAAUAGUAGGAGAGAUGUUCAGGGCGAAUGUCAGAGCUAACGGAUCCGCGUUGGCAAUCACUCUCACUUGGCUCGUCGGCUUUGGUCUCACCACUGGCUUCAACUCCAUGGUGGCCACACUGGGUGGUCACGUUACCUUCUGGCUCUUCGGAGGGUCCUGCGUGGUCGCCUUCCUGUUUACGUUAUUUGUGAUACCAGAAACCAAAGGGAAGACGUUGAAUGAGAUUCAGGAAAUGAUGAGCUAAUAAAAUUUUUAUUUAAUACAAACCCUAAAUUAG